ACGAAAUCGAAAUUACCUGCCGCAAAAGGAAACAAAAACAUAACAUUUCUGAUUUCUUUUCACAUGGAUAGCCACUAGCCAGUAAAAAAAUAUAUUUAAAUGUGUAAAAUUUUAUUUUCUAAUAUUUAGUUUAAAUCUGCAUAAUUAUGGAAGUGCAAUUUGGGCCGAACUCUAUUGAUGAGCCGAGCCUGCUUUAUAAACUUCAACGCAAAAUCAAGGUAUUCAACACAAACCAACCGUUACCAAAUCGCGGGUACAACUUGGUGGCCUGUACUUCGAAAUAUGGAUUAGUUUUUGUAGCUACACCCAUCAAAACAUUAUCAGUGUAUUAUCUCAAAGAGUUAAUAGAUAAAGAAUGUGAGCCCCAGCACUUGUUAGUCAAGCUCCAAGUAUCACCUUCACACAUAGCAGUCAAUUGCAAUGAGGAGUGGUUGGCUGUUGUUGGUGGACAGAUGCUCCUUGUAUACAAAUGCAUGGAUUUUCAGAAUAUGGAAAUUAGACCAGCAGUAUCCAUUAAAUGCGAUGUGAGCCCGUCAACUUUUGUGUCAGCAUUGCAAUGGAAUCCUUGCAUACCAGACACAAUUGGGAUUGUGUUCUUUGAUGGAACUUUACUCGUCAGUCAAGUCAGUACUAUGCAAAUGAAAAAGAUUCAGUCAAAUGCAAGAUGCUUAUGUUGGAGUCCAAAAGGCAAACAGCUGGUGACAGGCAACAAUGAUGGCACCCUCAGCCAAUUCAAGCCAGAUCUCUCGCCAAUGAAAAUGGUUCCUACCCCUAACUUGUUUGAAGGUUCCCCUGUUGAAGUACUGGCUAUUUACUGGAUUGCAACAUACCAGUUUGCUGUUGCAUAUAGAAAUGCAGUAGAUAAUAGUCGACCAGCUGUGACAAUAGUGAAUACGCCCAAAGGAGGUCAACCCGUUUGCCAUAACUAUGAGGAUAUUUGUUAUAGCAUGGGGUCUAACAGACCCUGGUACUACUAUUUACAAGGACUUGCCCAAUGGAAUAUUAUACUUUCGUCAUCGUCAAACAGUAUGGAAAUAGCUACACUAGCAUCACCCGACGGCGCUAACUGGGUACAAUGGUGUCAGUCGGAUGAGGCAAGGCCCGAAUUGCCUUUGACAGAUAAAAAGCAAGAAAACUAUCCUGUUGGUAUUUGUUUGGACACUGCUGCCAUACAUCAGUUACCUUGGGGAGAAAACGAGACGCUCCCACCAAUGCCGCUUCUCCACGUGGUGUCCCAGACAGGGCUGCUCUCCAUAUUCAACAUCAUCAACCUGAACAAAUCGGCGCCACAGAUCUGCGCGCCGAUACAACCGAUCGCGCUCCCGGCCGCUGCCUUGACGAUAAAUAUACCUGACGACGUACCUCCGCAACCUGCAGCACCUCCCGCCGCGCCAGUUGCUCAACCUAAGCCGCAGCCACCACAGGUGCAAUAUCAGCCUCCCGUACAAGCCCCGCAGGUGGCGCCCGUGCCAGUCCAACAACCCAUACCCGUUGUACCGAAACCCGUACCACAACCACAGAGCAAUGUUGGACUUUCUACAGCAUCCAGUAUACGAUUUGGAGUGAUAAAAGAGCCAACUCCUCCAGCAGCUCCGGAAGCACCGAGUCCCGCGCCUCAGCCGAAACCACCGGUGCAAGCUCCGAAGAGCCAAGCCGCGGCGGCGGCGGAAGCGAGCGCCGCGCUGCUGGAGCAAGAGAAGAUCAACAAGGCCAAGAUGAACCAGAAGCUGAAGAGCAUGCUCGUCAAAGAAGUGAACGACUUCAAUAUGGACAUGUACAAGUUCAUCAAACACACGCAGGAGAAACUGUUGAAGUUCCAACAAGACAUCGAAUCGGCCAACCUCCGUAUAGACAUAGAUAUGGACCCGGAGCUCUUGAGGAAGGAUUGCUCCGUGGAGGAGUUGCGGGAAACAGUCGUCCAGCUCAAGCUGGAGAUGGUACGCGCGUGCGCAGUCAUCGCUGAAGCUAGGACAUACGCCAACGCUAAUGAGCUCCAAGAAUGGACACAAGCCGAUCCUCUGACCGUCAAGCGUAUAGCGUCCGUAAAGAAGCUCGCCUACUACGUGGAAACUCAACUAGACCACGCGAGAAAAGCUCUCGAUCUUAAGUGGAACGAGAUGUAUGAAAAUCAUGAGUACCGCGGCAAACCCGGAUACCGUAUGAUGCGUCCCAUCCUGGACGACGUGUACCAACCCCUGGUGAAACAGCAAGAGAUACUGAGCCGACAAAUGACAGUGCUCAAAAUGUUGAGGAAAACGAUGGACGAUUGUAACAUCGCACCCAUGUACAGAUCCUCGCUGAUACGAAGCACCCCGUUUAGGAAUAAGGAUACCUUGUCAAAACUCACAAAAAAUAUUCUGAACAUGAGCAUAGAACCCCAGGAAAAGCCCAAGGAGCAUCUCCUGAGCUCACAAAAGCUGGACGCUCUACGCGAUAUUCUUUCUAAUCACAAGCCGAUAAAAGUUAAACCAGUCAAUGUUGAGCUUCGGCAACAUUUGGAGUCUAUGAAACUGAGAUACGAGAAGAGUGUCAAAGAGAAAGAAAUGAGAGAAGUUGAGAUUAAACAAGAAAUGGGACAACCCAACAUACAAAAACCUGUGCCGAUAUCGGUAACGCCAGCGCAACCUCACCUACCGACAGCGAGGAUUGCGCAACCAAUACCCGCCCCCGUUCCGCAACCUACGAGACUGCAGCAAGACAUGCCACAGCUCAAAAGUGAACUCAAGAAGGAUUCUAACGUCUUCAUGGGUCAGAAGUUUGGAGCCCCUACCGCUUUUGCCUACACCCAGCCGUUCAUAAGCUCAGUUCCGAAGCCAGACAUAGUGAAGGAAUCACCCAUCAAUAUUCCAACUUACACUCCCGUCAGUAACAUAAAACCCGCCGUGGUCACCAAACAACCAGCCAGUGUGGUCAGGACCUUAUUCACUGACGACAAAGAAAAACCAACAGGACCCGAAGAUCCACAAAGCCAACAGCAGCCAACAAUUGAUGAGCAGCCAAAGCAAUUCAAUCCUAACAUCAACCCGUACACUAAGAGCCAACUGAGAAAGUUUAUUCUAAAAGACUCAUCGAAUGAAAAUGUGCCACAAGCAAACGAACCCAAGAGUGAUGCUAACACGUUUAUGGGUCAAAAUAUUUGCUCGCCGACCGCCUUUGCCUUUGCGAAGCCAAAUGCAUCAGCACCAACUGCGAUCUUUGGCUCCAAACCGGCUGAUGUUACGAACACGUCCAAUAAAACCGCUCCUGAGUCUAUUCCCACUGUCACAUCAACCGUGAACCCGAAAUCCAGCGAAACCGGUGAACCGGAGGCGGGUACUCCGUCAAAUGACGAAAACAAACCAAAAGAAGAAAAACCUAUUACAAACAUGUUCACUUUGAAGACCACACAAUUCAGUGGUAAAAGUCAAAAUGUUCCUGACGUCCUAAAGAGCAGUGGACAAGGUUUCGUCUUUGGUAAAGUGGAUAGUAAAGCUACUGAGGGAAGCGACAAACCCAAAGAGAGUAGUUCUGUUAAAGCUUCUGGCACUCAAGAGAAGCCAACCACAGAUAACAGGAAGGAGGAAAUAAAACCAGUGGCACAGAUGAUAAAUAAACCACCUGCACAGGCUGUUAUAUAUGUGGAUCUAAAGAAACCAGCAGCUGAGGCUAAAGUGGAAAAGGUGGCAUCAUCAUUGUUUGAUGUUUCCACCGCAGCACCGCCGCCUGCAGGAUCAAAACUCCAAUCCGAAGUUGGACCAACAACAACUCAACAAUCAUCAGUGUUUGAAGUUUCAAAACCAGUUGCACAAGCAAGCUCAACGAAAGUUGCUACUUCCGAACCGACCUCAACACCGACUACGGAACCUAAUGCCUCCGUAGCGACUCCUACAUCAAUUCCAACAGUUACUACUACAUCCACAUCUAAACCACUUACAUUGGCAUCUGAUACUGAAACGACACCUACUGUAACUAUAUCAAUACCUUCAAAACCUUCAGAGGCUGAGAAUGUAACAAAUAAGGAACAUAAUGUGCCAACUGAAUCAAGCGCUACAAAAGAUUCUCCAAGCGUCACAACUUCUAACGUCUUCAGUUCAACCGGAUCUAUAUUCGCUCCUACGGCUACGUCGGAUUCACCAUCCACUUUAACUACUGAAGACUCAAAACCGAGUAUAUUCAAUACACCUACACCUACUUCUGUAUUCGAAAGUAAUACAGCCUUUGUAUCAACUCAACCAUCGGCUUUCGCUUCAAAUGCGUCAUCAAUUUUCGCUUCGGCGUCUGCGUCAGCGUUUGGACCGCAGACCACUAAAGCGCCCCUAUUUAGUCCAAGUACUACAUCCCAGAGUAUAUUCGGUACGCCCUCAGUAACUACAACAUCUGUAUUCGGAAAUGCUCCCUCAGCGCAAAGCAUUUUCAGUUCGGCAUCCUCGUCUAUAUUUGGUGGUACUCCGACGACGACUCAGAACAUUUUUGGAACGUCCACGACGCAGGCGUCAGUUUUCGGAAGCGGUCAGUCUGUGUUUGGUACCUCGGGGAGCCCUAAUCAAGUGUUUGGGACGCCAGCGACCCAAACGUCUAUAUUCGGCUCGCCGACGUCUACGACCCAUGCGUCGGUAUUUGGAAGUCCGACACAAACGACUCAGGCAUCAGUGUUUGGAUCGCCGACGCCGGCCACUCAAGCGUCAGUGUUCGGAUCGCCGACCACUACGCAGAGCUCGCUGUUUGGUGGCGCCGAGUCCAACUUGUUCGCCUCUGCCACCAUAUCCACUACUAGUGCCCCGACGCAAGCGAGCGGUGGAAAUAUCUUCGGUGGAGGUUCAUCAGGCACGGUAUUUGGUAACAGUACCAAUAUAUUUAGCGGAAAGUCGACCUUCAGUGGCUCUAACCCUACGGCGGCCAGUAUCUUCGGAGGCGGAACCCCCUUCGGACAGAAGCCGGCUAAUGAUUUCUGGAGUGGCGGAAGCAAUACUGGAUUCGGAAAUUCUGCAUUUGGUCAAGCAGCCACCACACAAGCGUCGUCCAUCUUCGGCAGCUCAGGCGGCAGCUUCAGCACGCCGUCUCCGGGCCAGCCGUUCGGAAGUCCACAGGGACCAUUUAGUGGCGGUGAUUCCAAGCCUUCCGUGUUCGGAACCCCUCCUCAACAGCAGCCUGCUUCGGCGUUUGGAGGGAGUGCAGCGUUUGGAUCUAAACCAGUUUUUGGAGGAUCACCCACAUUCGGCUCUACGGCAUUCGGUGGAUUCAACAAGAGCCCCAGUAGUGGGUUCGGUGCCCCGGCUGCCUUUGGAGGCGGCGCCUUCGGAGGCUCAUCCUUUGGCAAUACUUCACCAGGAAAAGGAUUUGGCACUGCUGCACCAAGUUUCGGCCCACCGACUCAAUCCAACGCCACAUUCGAGAAUCUUGCCACACAGAACACCCUCACCUUCGGUAACCUGGCGCAACAAUCCGGCCAACCGCCUCAACCCACCCCAGGCUUCAAUACGUCUCCUUCGUUCACUGGCUGGCGAGGCUGAUGACUGCUCUACAAGAAAUAUACUGUGAAAACGAAAAAGCAUUGAUGGACUUGUUCGUGUUUGAUCAUAUUUUUAAUUUUAUCAUGGCUUAAUUAAGUAUUAUACAAUGAUUUAAAAAUUUGUGCAGGAAUCUGAAUUUUAUUGAUUGUCAUUUCAAAAUAAAAGUUUUUUAGAAAAAUUUCAAA